CCGGCUCUGCCGGCUCCGGCCAGCCCAGGGAGCAUGGGGCCGGUGAGGCGCAUUUGCUGCAUCGGGGCUGGCUACGUGGGGGGGCCCACGUGCAGCGUCAUUGCCCAGAUGUGCCCAGAAAUCACCGUCACCGUGGUGGACAUCAACGAGGAGCGCAUUCAGGCCUGGAACUCAGAGCAGCUGCCCAUCUUCGAGCCUGGCCUGCAGGAGGUGGUGGAGGCCCAGCGUGGCGUCAACCUCUUCUUCUCAACUGACAUUGACCAGGCAGUGAGAGAGGCUGAUAUCAUCUUCAUAUCAGUGAACACUCCCACCAAGACCUUUGGGCUUGGCAAGGGCCGGGCGGCUGAUCUGAAGUACAUCGAGGCUUGUGCCCGGCGUAUCGCCCAGGUAGCCACGGGCUACAAGAUCGUGGUGGAAAAGAGCACAGUGCCUGUGCGGGCAGCUGAGAGCAUCCAGCGCAUCUUCAGCGCCAAUACCAAAUCCAACCUGUCCUUCCAGGUCUUGUCCAACCCUGAGUUUUUGGCUGAAGGAACGGCCAUCUCCGACCUGAAGAACCCCGACCGCGUCCUCAUUGGUGGUGAUGAGACACCUGAAGGGCAGAGGGCAAUCGAAACCCUCAGCAGCAUAUACAUGCGCUGGGUGCCCCAAACUCGCAUCAUCACCACCAACACAUGGUCUUCAGAGCUCUCCAAGCUGGCUGCCAACGCAUUCCUGGCCCAGAGGAUCAGCAGCAUUAACUCCAUCAGCGCCCUGUGCGAGGUGACGGGGGCUGAUGUGGAAGAAGUUGCCCAUGCCAUUGGCACAGACCAGCGCAUCGGCAAUCGCUUCCUCAAGGCCAGCGUGGGUUUUGGGGGCAGCUGUUUCCAAAAAGAUGUCCUCAACCUGGUCUAUCUCUGUGAGGCUCUCAACUUGCCCGAAGUGGCUCGAUACUGGCAGCAGGUGAUUGAGAUCAACGAGUACCAGCGGCGGCGAUUCGCCCCCCGUAUCGUCAGCUGCCUCUUCAACACUGUCACGGACAAGAAGAUUGCACUGUUGGGCUUCGCCUUCAAAAAGGACACGGGGGACACAAGGGAGUCAUCCAGCAUCUACAUCAGCAAGUACCUGAUGGACGAGGGCGCCCACCUGCACAUCUAUGACCCCAAGGUGAAGAAGGAGCAGAUCGUGCAGGACCUGUCGCACUCCACUGCCUCAGCUGAGGAGCCUGAGCGGGGGCUCAGCCUGGUCUCCAUUGCCUCAGACCCUUAUGAAGCCUGUGACAAUGCCCAUGCCAUUGUCAUCUGCACUGAAUGGGACAUCUUCAAGGAGCUGGACUACGAGCGAAUCUACCAGGCCAUGCUCAAGCCGGCCUUCAUCUUUGACGGCAGGAGGAUCCUGGACAGCCUGCAUGGCCGGCUGCAGCAGCUGGGCUUCCAGGUGGAGACCAUUGGCAAGAGGAUCAGCCAGCGUAUCCCCUUUGCGGCCAGCACCAUUGCCCAGCUGAACCUCCAGGCUCCCCCUUUGAAGAAGUUGAAGCUCUGAUGUAUCUGCAGGUGCAU